GAAGGAGCAUGCUUUUAUACUGCACAUGGAUUCUGUUCUUCCUUUUGGGUGUCAAGUCUGACGUUCAGUUGUCACAGCCCAGUUUUCUCGCUGGCAUGUAUGGAGGAGACAUACAGAUUUCAUGUGAAGCUUCUGGAUAUGUGUUUACUGAUUUUUUUCUGGCAUGGCUCAAGCAUGUUCCAGGGAAAGCGCUUCAGUAUAUAGGAUAUAUCCGGCCUUCUUCUCAAUCACAAAGAGCAUUUGUGGAAAAUAUCAGAAUGACAACUAAUAAUGCAAACGGGAUGGGAUACCUGCAAAUAAACAAUGUUAAUUUUGGAGAUACUGCUAUUUAUUACUGUGCUAGAGAAGCACAGUGCAUAUUCUCACCUUCUCUCCUUACAAGCUUCUAUGGAACUAGUGUAUUUGACCAGAUGUAUUUCACAGUGAUUGGGAGCACACGUGAUAAAAGCAAUAUUUCGUCACAAGGGUUAGACUGUGAUCCACUCAUUUUUGGAAGCGGAACAUAUCUUCAAGUCCUACCAAGUGACAAUCAGCCUUCUCCACCCGCUGUGUUUGUGCUGAAACCUCAGACUGUUGGCUCCAUUACUGCCUGUCUGGCAAAAGACUUUUAUCCCAAGGAUGUGGAAAUCUAUAUGAAUUCCAGCCAGAAAAGCUUUGGACCAGUGAAGACCAAUGCAGUCCUCUCUCCAGAGGGAAGAUACAGCUCAGUUUAUGUUGAAGGGUUGGGAGCAGAGGAUGUACAGUGCCAUGCAAAGCACCAAGGCAGAUGGGUGACAGAACAGGAUGGUGUUUCGAACCAAAAAGAAGAAGUACAUUUUGACAAAAAUGUUGAUGCAGGUGGCACAGAACAGAAGCAAUGCGACCAACAAACUGUGGAACUUCCUGCACAAGGAAGUGAAAGAGUUAACUUGCGGAGUGUGACUGUCCUGGGGAUGAGAGUCCUGUUUGCCAAAACGGUGGCUUUUAAUCUGCUUCUGAGUGCAAAGUUCUUCAUCAUGUAAGGUUCCUAAACUCAGGGCAUUGAACAUCAGCCAUAUUGUCCAUCUAUAUAGAUCAUUUUCACCACGAACCUACAGAAAAGCUUAAUCUGCUACUAUAUAUUAUAUUUAAAGGCUAAAUACUUCAUAAAUAGCACUGGGUUUUCAUGUGAAAAAAUAAUUGGCUGAUAUUUUUGUUUAAAUAUUUUUUUAAUUUGUAUAUCAGAACAAAUUCCAAGUCAAUAUACCAAAAUAGAAUCUCUAGCAAAAUCAUAACUUGUUAUAUUCUUU